AUGCACAGGGAUGAAAAUGGCUCUAGCCUGCGUUCCAAGCUCAACAUGACCGUGACUGCGAAGCUGUUCUGCCUCAUGACCCUUACCGCGCUUCUCUUCAUGGUGUGGGUGGUGGAAUGCAUCAUUUCGCUGGUGACUGUCGAGUUCGUGUUGGCCAUUUACUGCGCCUGCGUGACUGGCGUGAUGCUCCUGGGUUUCUACGCCGCCUGGAAGCACCUGCGACCCCUCCUCUUCUGCUACAUUGUAGGCGUGGUUGUCGUGAUUGGCUUUGGCAUCGUGGGCCUGACCUGGUGGCUGAUCGCCAGCGUCGUGAAGUGGGAGUUCGACACGCCGUGGCUCGUCGCCUUCGUGUUCAACAUCUUCAUCCUCCUCAUCGAGGCCAUCACGCUAUUGCUCGCCUACUUGCUGACCAAGGACCUCGACUCGAAGCACGUUGUUACGCUCGGCUCCCCCGGCGACGGCACGUCGGCCGACGAGCAGGCCUUCUCCUUCUCGCAGGGUGGCAGCGUCGAGGUCGAGCUGCAGCCAACACAGCACCACGCGUCGGUCUACGAGCCCGAGUGGCCGGCCACGGCCUACCCCCCGGACACCUUCGGCGCCCCAUCCACCCACUCCACCAACGGAUCUGCCGACGACUACAACCCCUUCCAGGAGGAGCGAUUCUAA